UUGUUUGUUGAAAAUUUGGAAAUGCUAUUUGAAUUCAAUCAGUUUGACUCGGAUCGGCUGAGAUUUGGAGAAGUUUCAGGUCAGGUCAGGGGGGAAAGAGGUUUCAGGAUUCAGGCGUCGUCGGUCGCACUCGCACCACACUCGUCUCUCUGCUCGAUUGCGGGAUGCUCUCCCUGGCGCGCCGCCGCCUCCUCGCCGCCCGCUUCUCCACGCUGCCGGAGGCCGCGCCGCCCGCCCCUCUCGACGCGGCGGCGGUGCAGGAGACGCUCACGCUCUACACCAACGACUGGCGCCGCGCGCUCGACUUCUUCCACUGGUCCGCCUCCCCGGGCGGCGGCAACCUGCGGCCGACCCCGUCGACCCUCUCCCGCGCCGUCGACAUCCUCGGCAAGCACUUCGAGUUCCCGCAGGCCACCGCCCUCCUCCUCGCCCACCACGACCCCACGGACCCCGCCUUCCUCCGCCCCGCCCUCCGCGCGCUCCUCAACCGCCUCGCCGCCGCCAACCUCGUCGACGACGCCGUGCGGGCCUUCGAGUCCACCGCCGCCUCCGUCGGCCUGCGGGACGAGGCCUCCUUCCACCUCCUCGUCGACGCGCUCUGCGACCACCGCCGCGUCGACGAGGCCCACCACCUCUGCCUCGGCGGCAGGGGGGCGGCGGGGCCGCCGCCCUUCCCGCCGGGGACGAAGACCCACAACCUGCUCCUCCGCGGCUGGGCCAAGGCGCGCGCCUGGGCGCGCCUCCGCCAGCACUGGCUCGACAUGGACGCCCGCGGCGUCGCCAAGGACCUCCACUCCUACUCCAUCUACAUGGACGCCCUCGCCAAGUCAGGGAAGCCCUGGAAGGCCGUCAAGCUGUUCAAGGAGAUGAAGCAGAAGCGCCUCCCGGUGGACAUCGUCGCGUACAACACCGCUAUCCACGCCGUCGGGCUCGCGGAGGGCGUCGAUUUCGCCGUUCGGAUGUACAGGCAGAUGGUUGAGGCCGGUUGCAGGCCGAAUACCGCCACUUUCAACACGAUCGUCAAGCUGUUGUGCAAGGAAGGGAGGUUCAAGGAAGGCUAUGCGUUUGUGCAGCAGAUGCACAAGGCCGGGUGCGAGCCCAAUGAGCUAACUUACCAUUGCUUCUUCCAGUAUCUGACCCGCCCGCAGGAGGUCCUUGCGCUGUUUGAGAAAAUGCUCCAGAGGGGCUGCCGGCCGAGGAUGGACACAUAUGUCAUGCUCAUAAAGAGGUUUGGGCGCUGGGGUUUCCUUCGUCCGGUGUUCUUUGUGUGGAAGACAAUGGAAGAGCAAGGGCUCACCCCGGAUGCAUUUGCAUACAACACACUCAUUGAUGCAUUGCUGGAAAAGGGAAUGGUGGAUUUGGCUAGGAAGUAUGACGAGGAGAUGCUCGCAAAGGGCCUCUCACCCAAGCCAAGGAAAGAGCUGGGGACUAAAAUGCCAGGAUCGGAGUCUGACAGUGAUAAUAAUGCAUUACGUGGCGUGAUCUGAAUUCUGGCAGCCAGACAGCAGAACUGAUAUUAAAAUGUUCCUCUACACACUGGUUGUCGUUGGAUCAGAGUGUGACUGAAACAAUGGUGUCAUGAUGAGGCUUUGUGUUGCUGGAGAUCUAAUGUGAGCUUGUGCGCUUGGCACUGAAGGAAAAUAGAAUGGGCAAUGUUGCAUUUCCUGUCAACUUUCAUGCAGCUGUUCCCUUAAAAAACAUGUGGAAGUGGAGGGACUUAGCUCAGAUGUUUUGCACACAAUGUGGUUGCUUGAAAGCCUGUUGAGUGUUGAGCUGUUGCCCAAGUUGAUCAAGGACUGAGUUGGGCUGUUAGCCUGCUUCAACGUUUGGUAACACUGAAUGACAUAUUCUGAGAGCUGGACAGGAAGAUUAGUAGUACAAUUUUAGAUUAGUCCCUUUGCUCCAUAGUUUUGCCAUAUAAUCAUUCCGACCGCCUGAAGCAUUAAUGCCUUUCAAGGCAAACUGCCUUAUCUUGAAUGGGCAUUCAAUCAUACACUCUACAUUGAAGUGAAAUGAAACCAGUUAUAGUUGUCUUUA